AAUAGGAAGUUGAUCAAAAAGUCCCUUGACCGGGGUUCUCCACACGGGCGUAUUUCUCCUACCCGGUUGUCUGAAUUCCACCAAUCCACGAUCGAAGCUCAAUUUCAAAGGAGCGGAAUUUGGAAAGAGUUUCCGAGGAGGCCUGGAGGAAGGGGACGCGCGGGCGCUGUACACCAGCCAUGAACAACAUGGAAACUCUUGGUCCUCCACCCCCCUAUGAUGACAAGAGGUCUGGAGCUGAAGGUGAUAGAAGUUUGGAGAUGGAAGAAGGGGGCUUCCGAAUUGCAUAUUGGGUGGAAAAAAAUGUUAGGCAAGCCUUCAUUCGCAAGGUUUACAGCAUCAUCACUCUUCAGCUACUACUGACUGUAGCAAUUGUUGCCAUCUUCACCUUUGUGGCUCCUGUGCACACUUAUGUGAUCAAUCACAUUCCAAUCUAUUAUGCAUCUUAUGGUGUAUUUUUGAUCUGUUACCUGGUGCUGGUGUUUUGCCAAAAGAUCCAGAGACGAUUUCCAUGGAACAUAAUUCUUAUGACAAUUUUCACAUUGUCUUUGGGAUUUAUGACAGGCACCAUUGCUAGUAUGCAUGAGACCAAAGCUGUCAUCCUUGCCAUGAUCAUCACUACAGUUAUAACAAUCACUGUCACUGUUUUCUCUUUCCAAACAAAGGUGGAUCUCACAACCUGGACUGGUUUUUUCUGUAUACUGGCAAUUGUCCUCUUAGUGACUUCUAUCACCACCACUAUCGUCCUGGUACACAAAUAUAUCUACUGGGUCCAUAUGCUUUAUUCAGCCAUUUGUGCCAUCAUCUUUACCCUGUUCCUUGCAUAUGAUACCCAGUUGCUCUUGGGGAAUAAGAGGUUUUCCAUCAGUCCUGAAGAUUAUGUUUAUGGAGCAAUUCAAAUCUACGUAGAUGUCAUCUACAUCUUCCUUUCUUUUUUAAGACUUGGGAGCAGACGUUAGGGAUUUGUUUUUAAUGGCAACUUAAGGAACAAGUUGUUUUCAGAAUGUUAGUAUAUUGGCCUUCCCUCAUAUGAAUCUGUUUUUGAAUAAUAUUAUCAUAUACACAUACUUCUAAAUUUUUGUAUUGCUCUUAUUUUGCUAUACUGUGUGAAAGCUUUGUAUACUGUACGAAAACUCAUUUAUUGAUUAUAUGGGCUG